UCCCGGAAAAGAAAAAGGAAAGAUCGAGCCUCUAAACCGUCCUUUCCCCCUCCCCCUCUUCCCGGAGGAGCUAAGGAAGAAAGUACCGUUCUGUGAUUCACUGGAGAGAAAAGAGGGAGGAGGCAAAAGAACUCGGAGUGCCAAAGCUAAAUAAGUUAGCUGAGAAAACGCACGCAGCUUGCAGCGCCUGCGCCGGGUGCGCCAACUCCGCAAAGGCCAAACGGGCUCCGCGCUGGCCGGCGACGGGGCUAGGGACCCGGGUUUGGCCUUCAGGCUCCUCAGCAGCCGGGAAAAAGAAUUGCUGCCCGGAGUUUCUGCAGAGGUGGAGGGAGAUCAGGAAACGGUUUUUUCCUCACUUCGCCGCCUGGCAGUGAGGAGGAGGAGGAGAAAGUGAAAUAUGCUGGAGAAGAGCGAGCCCUCCUUGUUCUUCCGGAGUCCCAUCCAUUAAGCCAUCACUUAUGGAAGAUUAAAGUUGUCGGACAUGGUGACAGCUGAGAGGAGAGGAGGAUUUCUUGCCAGGUGGAGAGUCUCCACUGUCUGUUGGGUGCAUGUGUGCGCCCGCAGCGGCACGGGGCGCGUGGUUCUCCGCGUGGAGUCUCGCCUGGGACCCGAGUGAAUGGCUCCCAGGGGCUGUGCGGGGCAUCCGCCUCCGCCUUCUCCACAGGCCUGGGUCUGUCCUGGAAAGAUGCUAGCAAUGGGGGCGCUAGCAGGAUUCUGGAUCCUCUGCCUCCUCACUUAUGGUUACCUGUCCUGGGGCCAGGGUUUAGAAGAUGAGGAAGAAGGGGCCUUACUAGCUCAAGCUGGAGACAGACUAGAGCCCAGCACAACUUCCACCUCCCAGCCCCAUCUCAUUUUCAUCCUAGCCGAUGAUCAGGGAUUUAGAGAUGUGGGUUACCACGGAUCUGAGAUUAAAACGCCCACUCUUGACAAGCUCGCUGCCGAAGGAGUUAAACUGGAGAACUACUAUGUCCAGCCUAUUUGCACACCAUCCAGGAGUCAGUUUAUUACUGGAAAGUAUCAGAUACACACCGGACUUCAACAUUCUAUCAUAAGACCUACCCAACCCAACUGUUUACCUCUGGACAAUGCCACCCUACCUCAGAAACUGAAGGAGGUUGGAUAUUCAACGCAUAUGGUCGGAAAAUGGCACUUGGGUUUUUACAGAAAAGAAUGCAUGCCCACCAAAAGAGGAUUUGAUACCUUUUUUGGUUCCCUUUUGGGAAGUGGGGAUUACUAUACACACUACAAAUGUGACAGUCCUGGGAUGUGUGGCUAUGACUUGUAUGAAAACGACAAUGCUGCCUGGGACUAUGACAAUGGCAUAUACUCCACACAGAUGUACACUCAGAGAGUACAGCAAAUCUUAGCUUCCCAUAACCCCACAAAGCCUAUAUUUUUAUAUAUUGCCUAUCAAGCUGUUCAUUCACCACUGCAAGCUCCUGGCAGGUAUUUUGAACACUACAGAUCCAUUAUCAACAUAAACAGGAGGAGAUAUGCUGCCAUGCUUUCCUGCUUAGAUGAAGCAAUCAACAACGUGACACUGGCUCUAAAGACUUAUGGUUUCUAUAACAACAGCAUCAUCAUUUACUCUUCAGAUAAUGGUGGCCAGCCUACAGCAGGAGGGAGUAACUGGCCUCUCAGAGGUAGCAAAGGAACAUAUUGGGAAGGAGGGAUCCGGGCUGUAGGCUUUGUGCAUAGCCCACUUCUGAAAAACAAGGGAACAGUGUGUAAGGAACUUGUGCAUAUCACUGACUGGUACCCCACUCUGAUUUCACUGGCUGAAGGACAGAUUGAUGAGGAUAUUCAACUAGAUGGCUAUGAUAUCUGGGAGACCAUAAGUGAGGGUCUUCGCUCACCCCGAGUAGAUAUUUUGCAUAACAUUGACCCCAUAUAUACCAAGGCAAAAAAUGGCUCCUGGGCAGCAGGCUAUGGGAUCUGGAACACUGCAAUCCAGUCAGCCAUCAGAGUGCAGCACUGGAAAUUGCUCACAGGAAAUCCUGGCUACAGCGACUGGGUGCCCCCUCAGUCUUUCAGCAACCUGGGACCGAACCGGUGGCACAAUGAACGGAUUACCUUGUCAACUGGCAAAAGUGUAUGGCUUUUCAACAUCACUGCCGACCCAUAUGAGAGGGUGGACCUAUCUAACAGGUAUCCGGGAAUCGUGAAGAAGCUCCUACGGAGGCUCUCACAGUUCAACAAAACUGCAGUGCCGGUCAGGUAUCCCCCCAAAGACCCCAGAAGUAACCCUCGGCUCAAUGGAGGGGUCUGGGGACCAUGGUAUAAAGAAGAAACCAAGAAAAAGAAGCCAAACAAAAAUCGGGCUGAGAAAAAGCAAAAGAAAAGCAAAAUAAAGAAAAAGAAACAACAGAAAACAGUCUCAGGUUCAACUUGCCAUUCAGGUGUUACUUGUGGAUAAGCGCAAAUAUUUCCUGUUCGGUUAAACUUUAAUCAGUUCUUAUCUUUCAUCUGUUUCCUAGGUAAACCAGCAAAUUUGGCUCGAUAAUAUCGCUGCCCUAAGCGUCAGGCUUGUUUUCAUGCUGUGCCACUCCAGAGACUUCUGUCACCUGGCCGCCACACCGAAAACUGUUCUGCUCAGUGCCAAAGGUGCUACUCUUGCAAACCACGCUUAGAGUGGAGACGUUUGUUUCUCUUGCUCCUUUAGAAAACGUGGUGAGUCCUGAGUUCGACUGCUGUGCUUCAGUCAAUUGACCAAACACUGCUUUAAAUUAUAGGAGGAGUACAAUAACAUACCAUCCGCAAGCAUGCUAAUUUGAUGGAAGUUACAGGGUAGCAUGAUUAAAACUACCUUUGAUAAAUUACAGUCAAAGAUGUGUCACCUCAAAGGCCUUGACGAAUAUAUUUUCUUUGUGAAUUUUUGUAUCUCUGUCAUAUGACACUUGGGUUUCUAAAUUAAUUCUAUUUCAUAUAUAUAUGUGUGUGUGUGUGUGUGUUUCUUUUCCUGUGAAAAGCUGUUUUUCUCACAUGUGAACAGCUUGCACCUCACUUUAUCAUGCAUGAGGGAAUGGUAAAUAAGAAUGUUUGAGCACACUGCCCACAAUGAAUGUAACUAUUUUCUAAACACUUUAAUAGAACAUUUCAGUAUAAAAAAACCUAAUUUAUUUUUACAGAAAAAUACUAUUUUGUUGUCAUAAAAAGUUAUGCAAAUGACUUUAAUUAUUUUAUUUUUAUUUCCUGCAUACCAUUAGAAGAGUUUUAUUUCAUUUCUUCAAAUUACCAAGCACUGUAAUACUAUAAAUUACUGUAAUACUGUGCAAAUUCAUAGACUAUAAAAACAUCAUUCAGAAAACAUAAUCAUCAUUGUUCAACCAUGAUUUUGAAUGUAAUAAGAUGAAUAUAUUCCUUACAAAUUACUUGGAAAUUCAAUGUUUGUGCAGAGUUGAGACAACUUUAUUGUUUCUAUCAUAAACUAUUUAUGUAUCUUAAUUAUUAAAAUGAUUUAUUUUAUGGCACUAGAAAAUUUACUGUGGCUUUUCUGAUCUAACUUCUAGAUAAAAUUGUAUCACUCAUCCUAAAAAAUAAAAAUCUUUACUAAUAGGCA